AUGAGUGAGUGAGGAGAUCCUGGACAGAAAAAGCCGCCCGAUUGUUUUUUUUAAAAAAUCUCUGUGCAGGUAUAUCCAACAGGCAUGUCUGGGAUCCGCACAGCAUAGCGCUGAGAGAAGUGGACAGAGGGGGGGAAAGAGAGAGAGGAGGGGGAUUCCGAGACACGCUCACUGCUUUCUCUGAAAGCUGUCACACACCCUGAGAACAGAUUAUUUUGUUUUGGGGGUGGGGAGGAUUCUUUCGCCGUUUUCCUUCCCGCCCGGUGUUGCCGAGGACAGAGAGAGAGAGGGAGCUGCGAGCCGUUCUGGAUGCUGGAUAAAUGGUGGGGUGGGGGGGCCCGAAGCCCGCAGCCCUGGAUUAAUGCUGGAGGAGAGAGAAACGAGAGCGGCGGCUGCUGCCGCUAACUCCCGACCGAGCUCGACAAUGCCGAGAUUCUGAGCACACAGCAUCUCUAGUUUCAGACUGCACUUACUUGCAGCAGCUUGUAAGACAGUGAGAACGAGGCUGCCAACGGCUGCUGGUGCCAAGCUGUCGGAUGAUGCAUAAAAUCAGGCCACUGGUGGUGUUCCUGUGCUUCCUACUACUUGCUAAUGCUGAAGCACCACCAAAGUUUACAAGAACUCCCAUUGACCAGACGGGAGUCUCCGGAGGGGUUGCGUCAUUUAUCUGCCAAGCCUCAGGAGAACCGAGGCCCAAAAUUGUAUGGUCUAAAAAAGGAAAGAAAGUCAGCUCUCAGCGAUUUGAGGUGAUCGAGUUCGAUGAUGGAUCUGGAUCUGUUCUCAGAAUACAGCCAUUACGAACGCCACGAGAUGAGGCUAUUUAUGAAUGUGUAGCCUCCAACAGUGUUGGAGAAAUAAGUGCCACCACCAGGCUUACAGUGUUACGUGAGGAUCAGCUUCCUGUGGGUUAUCCCACGAUAGACAUGGGCCCUCAGUUGAAGGUGGUAGAACGAACACGCACAGCCACCAUGUUGUGCGCAGCUAGCGGUAACCCCGAUCCCGAAAUUACUUGGUUCAAAGACUUCUUACCUGUUGAUACAAGCACUAAUGGACGCAUCAAACAGCUACGGUCAGGUGCCCUCCAAAUAGAGAACAGUGAGGAAUCAGACCAAGGAAAAUAUGAGUGUGUGGCAACCAACAGUGCUGGUACACGUUAUUCUGCUCCUGCCAAUCUAUAUGUGAGAGUUCGUCGUGUCCCACCGAGGUUUUCUAUUCCUCCAACAAGCCACGAGAUCAUGCCUGGUGGAAGUGUAAAUAUCACUUGUGUCGCUGUGGGAUCCCCAAUGCCUUACGUGAAAUGGAUGCUUGGAGCAGAAGAUCUGACUCCUGAAGAUGACAUGCCAAUUGGACGAAAUGUCCUGGAGCUCAACAACGUCAGAGAGUCUGCAAAUUAUACCUGUGUUGCCAUGUCAACGCUUGGAGUCAUAGAAGCAUUUUCCGAGGUCACAGUUAAAGCUUUGCCAAAACCCCCAGGCACCCCUGUUGUAACUGAAACUACAGCAACAAGUGUCACAUUGACUUGGGAUUCAGGAAAUCCAGAGCCUGUGGCUCACUAUAUUGUACAACACAAGCCCAAGCAUUCAGAUGGACCAUUUCAAGAGAUUGAUGGGGUGGCUACAACACGAUACAGUGUUGGAGGACUAAGCCCUUACUCGGAUUAUGAGUUCAGAGUCAUUGCAGUGAACAAUAUUGGGCAAGGGCCACCAAGUGAACCGGUAGAAACACGAACAGGUGAGCAGGCCCCUUCCAGCCCACCUCGCUCUGUGCAAGCCCGCAUGUUGAGCACUACUACCAUGUUAAUUCAAUGGGAGGAGCCAGAGGAGGCAAAUGGUCAAAUCCGUGGAUACAGAGUUUAUUACACUAUGGAUCCACAACAGCAUAUUAACAACUGGCAGAAGCACAAUGUAGAUGACAGUAUGCUGACAACAAUUGCAAACCUGACUCCAGAGACUACUUAUACCAUCCGUGUGCUGGCUUUCACUUCUGUUGGGGAUGGACCACAUUCACCUGAAAUACAGGUUAAAACUCAACAAGGAGUUCCAAGCCAGCCAAAUAACUUCAAAGCAGAACCGAAAUCAGACACCAGUAUUAUGCUGUCAUGGAUACCACCACGACAGGACACUAUCAUCAGAUAUGAAUUGUAUUACAGGGAAGGAGAAUAUGGAAAAGAGCAACUUGUCACAUUUGAACCAAAGACAACAUAUCUUUUAGAGGAUUUGAAACCAAACACUAUGUACUUCUUCCGACUUGCUGCUCGCUCUGAGCAUGGCCUUGGAGCUUCAACUGCGCAGAUUUCAGCCCAAACCAUGGAGACUAAACCAUCAGCCCCACCUCAGGAUAUCAAGUGCAUGAGCCCAAGCUCGACCAGCAUUUUGGUAAGUUGGCUGCCCCCACCAGCAGACAACCAGAACGGCAUCAUCACCAAAUACACCAUCAAAUAUACUGCCAAUGACCAAGAAGCCAGCUCGCCCAACGAAGUCUCGGAUAUUCCGCCAGAUACCAGGCAGUACUUACUGGAACAUUUGGAAAAAUGGACUGAGUACCGCAUCAUUAUGACUGCCCACACGGAUGUUGGACCAGGCCCAGAGAGCUCUCCCAUACUGAUUCGCACAGAUGAGGAUGUUCCUAGUGGUCCUCCUCGCAAAGUCGAGGUAGAGGCUUUGAACUCAACAGCUAUUAUAGUGUCAUGGCGCUCGCCUGUUCCAAAUAAACAGCACGGACAAAUACGUGGCUACCAGGUCCAUUUCGUGAGGAUGGAACAUGGAGAACCGAGAGGACAGCCCAUGCUCAAAGAUAUCAUGCUGGCAGAUGCGCAGUGGGAAAGUGAUGACUCUGCUGAACAUGAGAUGAUCAUUUCUGGACUUCUGCCUGAAACGACAUACUCUGUCACUGUGACAGCUUAUACGACAAAAGGAGAUGGAGCUCGAAGCAGAGCCAAGCUUGUGGCAACCACUGGUGCAGUUCCUGGGAAACCAAGACUCCUUGUUAGUCAUACACAGAUGAAUACUGCUCUUAUUCAGUGGCAUCCUCCUGUAGAAACCUUUGGACCAGUUCUAGGUUAUCGUUUAAAAUUUGGGCGCAAAGACUCUGAAUUGUUGACAACAUUGGAAUUUUCAGAAAAGGAUGACCAUUAUACAGCUACUGACAUCCAUAAAGGCACCUCUUACGUCUUCAAACUCUCCUCAAAAAAUAAAGUUGGCUUUGGGGAAGAGAUUGUGAAAGAAAUCACGAUUCCAGAAGAAAGACCGAGUGGAUUUCCCCAAAACCCACGUGCUGAAAGCUCCACAGCUUCGACGAUUCAUUUGAGUUGGCAGCCACCAGUCUUGGCAGAAAGGAAUGGGUUAAUUACCAAGUAUAACGUUUUAUACAGAGAUAUCAACAGUCCAAAUAAUCGGAUUGAGCUCUCUGUUGCUUCGCCCGAGACAAGUUUGAAGCUCACCAACCUAAAACCGGACACCACUUAUGAUAUCAAAGUGAGAGCUUAUACAAGUAAAGGUCCUGGUCCUUAUAGCCCUAGUGUUCAAUUCCGGACACUGCCACUGGAUCCAGCAGUGUUUGCAAAAAAUUUUCAUGUUAAAGCUGUAAUGAAGACAUCAGUUUUAUUAACGUGGGAGAUUCCAGAGAACUACAACACUGCCAUUCCUUUUAAAAUCAUCUACAAUAAUGACCAUAUUGAAGUGGAUGGAAGAGCUACACAAAAGCUAAUCACCAAUUUAGACCCUGACACAUCGUAUUCAUUUGUUUUGACCAAUCGAGGAAACAGUGCUGGGGGCCUACAGCAAGUGGUCUCAGCACACACCGCUCCAGACCUGCUCCGCACCAAGCCAGUCCUGAUUGAGAAAACCAAUUCUGAUGGAAUGCUGACUGUUGAGCUGUCAGCAGUGCCAACACCACCAGCCCCAGUAAAAGGGUACUAUAUAAUUGUUGUGCCUUUGAAGAAAUCCCGUGGGAAAUUUAUCAAGCCUUGGGACAGUCCUGAUGAAAUGGAUUUGGAGGAGUUACUGAGAGAAAUUAGCAGAAAACGAAGAAGUAUCCGUCUAAGGAGGCAAGCAGAUGCUCUUAAGCCAUACAUUGCCGCCCACUUUGAGAUCCUGCCCAAUGAAUUUACCCUUGGUGAUCAGCUGUUUUACAAUGGAUUUGAAAAUAAGCGUCUCCAAAGUGGCCAAGAAUACGUUUUCUUUAUUUUAGCGGUACUUGACAGCCCUGAAUCUAUGAUGUAUGCAACAAGUCCAUACUCUGAUCCUGUACUGUCAGCGGACCUUGAACCUCAGCCCAUUAAAGAUGAAGAAGAAGGAUUGAUAUGGGUAGUUGGCCCUGUAUUAGCUGUUGUGUUCAUCAUCUGCAUUGUCAUUGCUAUCCUCCUGUAUAAAAGGAAAAGGACAGAAUCUGACUCGCGAAAAAGCAGCAUUCCGAACAGCAAAGAAUUACCUUCCCAUCAUCCCACGGACCCAGUAGAACUAAGACGUCUCAAUUUUCAGACUCCAGGUUCAGGUGUCUCCAGUUACCAUGGUAACCUCCAUUCAACAAGCAUGGCCAAUCAUCCACCAAUCCCUAUCUCUGAGCUCGCGGAUCACAUUGAGCGGUUGAAAGCUAAUGACAACUUGAAGUUCUCGCAGGAGUAUGAGUCAAUUGAUCCUGGCCAACAGUUCACAUGGGAACAUUCAAACAUGGAAGUCAACAAACCAAAGAAUAGAUAUGCAAACGUAAUUGCAUAUGACCAUUCACGGGUUCUCCUAUCUGCGAUUGAUGGCAUACCAGGAAGUGAUUACUCCAAUUCCAAUUAUAUUGACGGCUAUAGAAAACAGAAUGCCUACAUUGCAACACAGGGUCCUCUGCCUGAGACAUUUGGAGAUUUUUGGAGGAUGAUAUGGGAGCAGCGAAGUGCAAUUGUUGUGAUGAUGACUAAACUAGAAGAAAGAUCGAGGGUAAAAUGUGACCAGUAUUGGCCUUCACGAGGAACCGAAACGUUUGGAUUAAUCCAAGUUACUCUACAGGAUACUGUUGAACUGGCAACUUACUGUGUUAGAACGUUAACAUUAGACAAGAUUGGCUCCAGUGAAAAGAGGGAAGUACGACAAUUCCAGUUCACAGCGUGGCCUGAUCAUGGGGUUCCAGAACACCCAACACCAUUCCUUGCCUUCCUGCGGCGAGUAAAAGCCUGCAACCCUCCAGAUGCUGGGCCAAUGGUUGUACAUUGUAGUGCUGGAGUUGGAAGGACUGGUUGUUUCAUUGUAAUAGAUGCCAUGUUGGAGAGAAUAAAGCAUGAGAAAACUGUAGAUAUUUAUGGUCAUGUAACACUAAUGAGAUCACAGAGGAAUUACAUGGUUCAGACUGAGGACCAAUAUAUCUUUAUUCAUGAUGCACUGCUUGAAGCAGUGACUUGUGGAAAUACCGAAGUGCCAGCCAGGAACCUAUACGCGUAUAUCCAGAAGCUGACACAAGUGGAGCCAGGAGAAAACGUCACAGGAAUGGAACUGGAAUUCAAGCGUCUUGCCAACACGAAAGCCCACACAUCAAGAUUCAUUAGUGCCAACCUUCCAUGUAAUAAAUUCAAGAAUCGCCUUGUUAAUAUUAUGCCAUACGAAUCUACGAGAGUAUGUCUACAACCAAUCAGAGGAGUUGAGGGCUCAGACUAUAUUAAUGCCAGUUUUAUUGAUGGUUAUAGGCAGCAGAAAGCAUAUAUAGCCACACAGGGACCCUUAGCAGAGACAACAGAAGAUUUCUGGAGAAUGCUUUGGGAGCACAACUCUACAAUUGUGGUUAUGUUGACCAAACUACGAGAAAUGGGCAGAGAGAAAUGUCACCAAUAUUGGCCUGCGGAGCGAUCAGCUAGGUAUCAGUAUUUCGUAGUAGACCCCAUGGCAGAGUACAACAUGCCACAAUACAUUCUCAGAGAGUUCAAAGUUACAGAUGCUAGGGAUGGUCAGUCACGCACAGUAAGGCAGUUCCAGUUUACUGACUGGCCAGAGCAAGGAGUGCCAAAGUCUGGCGAAGGUUUUAUUGAUUUCAUAGGCCAAGUGCACAAGACAAAAGAGCAAUUUGGGCAGGAUGGACCCAUCAGCGUUCACUGCAGUGCUGGUGUUGGGAGGACUGGUGUUUUCAUAACACUAAGUAUUGUGUUGGAAAGAAUGAGGUACGAGGGAGUUGUGGAUAUCUUUCAGACUGUCAAGAUGCUAAGAACACAACGACCAGCUAUGGUGCAGACAGAGGAUCAGUAUCAAUUCUGUUAUCGAGCUGCACUGGAGUACCUUGGAAGCUUCGAUCACUAUGCAACAUAAAACCUGAUCCACCAUGGAUUUACAGUAGGCCAUUUAAGAUCCAGAAAGCCUCUUCUGAGCCAUACAAUGUGCUUGAGAAGUACUACUUACUCCUAGCU